UGUCGGUCAAAUAUGUCUGUCGACGACGAAAUAGUCACAACCAAUGUGAGAUUGCCAUCUGAUGUGUGGCAGCUUCUCUUCGACGAGCUUGCUGCACGCAAUGACUUCUCGAGCUUGUACAAUUGUGCUGUGGCUAGCAAACAUCUGGCUGGCUCUGGAGCCCUGGCAAACCUCUACCGUCACAAUGCACCAGUCAAGAGUGGAGGUAAUGAAUCAUUGCCAUUACAAGAACAGGAGCAAGCUGUUCAAAGAUGGUCCAUCUUAUGGCGGACCAUAUUGCUCUCAUGUACUGAGGAAACACUCUUUCCGUAUUGCCAUUACUUGAGGGUACUUGAUCUACGGGAUCUCUACGAUCUACUGGACGACGAUAAGUUCAGAGGUAAGAUCCAGCAGAACUUCUACUCCGGUUCUCUUGCAAGAUUCAACAUUACUAGCCAGACAAGAGGCAAAAACCGUGCCUUGAAAUCGAGCAAUAUGCGUGCGGCAGUUGCUGCGAUCGGAGAUGGUAUGUCGCAUAUGCGCAACUCUGCAAAUGAAUACCUGACUGACCAAAGAACAACUCANGCAAUCGUGAAGGCUGCACCCAUGCUCGAGGAACUCACUGAGCCUAUCGUUCAUGGCGAAUAUAACAGUAGGUGGGCGCCCGAUUUGAGUAGGCUACGAUCGCUUGAACUAUGGGACGGUAAAACAUUGGGCGACGAAACCGUUCAGAAGCUCCUACAUAAGCACUGUCCACAUCUCAACAGGAUCAACAUCUAUCAGUGGNNUGAGUAA